GGAUGACGUCACGCCAUGGCCUCCCUGCUCGGCUGCCGCUGCCGCCAGUAGAGGCCCUGCCUGCGCCCGCCGCUUCCCGGAGUCGCUCUCCCCCGCUCCCUCCCCCGACCCCCUUCCCGUCCGGCCAGGUAUUGUCGUCUGCCCCAGGCCCUGGGAGUAGCAACUCACGUUCAAGCUGUAGACUAGCAGACCCUAAUGGAUGUUUCGGAAAGCCCUGAGCAAAACCCCCACUCUCCCGGUGAGAAGGAGGAGGAGGAAGAGGACAAUCAGCAGCUCUCCGAUGACGAAAUCCUGAAAGAGAGUGGCUCAGAACAGGAUGGCGAGGAAGCACGGGGCACCCAUUUGGGGGAGGAGGAGGAGGACCCAGCCAGAGCGCUGAGCCAUGAGGAGGAGGAAGAGGAGGAGGAAGAGGAGAACCGCUCGGAUGAAGAAGACCGCUUAAGUGAAGCCAAGUCUCAGGACUCUGACAAUAAUGAGCAGAGCAGGGAGCUGAAGAACUCCCUGUGUGUCGAGGAGGAGGAGGACCGUGUCAACGAUCUUGGUGAUGAAGCAUCCUCAGUCACGCGGGAGCUGGACGAGCACGAGUUGGACUAUGACGAGGAGGUCCCCGAGGAGCCCAGUGCCGGCGCUGCUGAUGACGAGGCCGAUAAGGCUGGUGGGGAGGAGGAGGAGGAGGAGGAGGAAGAGAAGGGAGAUGAGCCACCAGAGGAGGAGAAGAAACCUUGUCCAAAGAGCAACGACGAAAAGGACGGCCAGGAGCCUCCCAAAGAGAAGAAGAAAGAGGAGGAUGGAGAAAUUGAUGACGGCGAGAUUGAUGAUGACGACCUGGAGGAGGGAGAGGUCAAAGACCCCAGCGACAGGAAAGUGAGGCCGCGUCUCACCUGCCGUUUUUUUGUGAAAGGGCUCUGUACUUGGGGGAUGAACUGCCGGUUUAUUCAUCCUGGUGUCAAUGACAAGGGAAACUACUCUCUGAUCUCCAAGCCAGAUCCUUUCCCGCCCAAUGGUGCACCACCAAUUGGCCCUGGGCCCCACCCUCUGAUGCCAGCCAAUCCAUGGGGAGGGCCUGUCGUGGAUGAAAUCCUGCCGCCACCCCCGCCAGACCCUCCAGUGGAGAGUGCCUGGGAGCGGGGACUCCGCCACGCUAAGGAGGUGUUGAAAAAGGCCACCAUGAGGAAGGAGCAGGAGCCUGACUUUGAGGAGAAACGGUUUACAAUGACGAUUGGGGAAGACGAGCGUGAAUUCGACAAAGAGAAUGAAUUUUUCCGGGACUGGAACUAUCGCAUCACUCGAGAAGUCCGGGAUUCAAGUGAGGUGAACAUCAAAGAGAACAUUAACUAUGGGACCGAUCCUUAUGCAGACCCUUACUAUGACUACGAAAUAGAACGCUUCUGGAGAGGCGGGCAGUAUGAGAACUUCAGGGUACAGUACACAGACCCGGAUCCAUACCGGAACUACAGACUAAGCAAGGAAAGGGAACGAGAGCGGGAGAGGGAGAACCGACAGCGCGAACGGGAGCGCGAACGGGAGAGGGAGCGCAAGCGGGAGAGGCAGCAGAGAGAGCGGGAGCGCGAGAGGGAACGUGAGCGCGACAAGGAGCGCCAGAAAAGGAAAGAAGAGUGGGAACGAGAGAGGGAGCGCAUCAAGAGAGACGAGCGGGACCGGCAGCACAGAGACCGGGACCGGGACAAAGAGAAAGAGCGGGAGAAGGAGAAGGAGAAGCCAAAACCUCGGUCGCCGCAGCCACCCAGCCGUCAGCCAGAGCCACCAAAGAAGGAGAAGGAGGUCACGACAGCCACCCCUUCUCAGUCCAAGAGAGCAGACGAGUGGAAGGACCCCUGGCGCCGAUCGAAGUCCCCCAAGAAGAAGCAUGGCAUGUCUGCCUCACCCAGCCGUGCUCGCAGGCGCCGAAAGACCUCGGCCUCCUCGGCCUCUGGCUCAGGUUCUUCAAGGUCGUCUUCCCGCUCUUCCUCCUACUCUGGUUCCGGCUCUUCACGGUCACGUUCCCGGUCCUCCUCGUACAGCUCCUAUUCUAGUCGCUCUUCUAGGCACAGCUCUUUCUCCGGCAGCCGAUCCAGGUCUCGGUCCUUCUCUUCGUCUCCAUCUCCUUCCCCAACGCCAUCUCCACACAAGCCUCUUCCCAAAGCCAAGGGGGAGCCAGCAGCACUCGCAGGAAAGGGCGAGAAGACUGUGAAGAAGCCACCGGCCCCGCCAGCGCCGGCACCGGUCACGAAACCUGCAGCAGCUGCGCCAGAGCCACCGAAGCCGGGCAACAACAGAGAGGCGAGGCGGAAGGAGCGCCCGGCCAGGCUGCCCCCCCGCAGGAGGACCAUCAGUUGCAGCGCGAGCGGCAGCGGCAGCAGCUACAGCGGCUCCAGCUCCCGCUCCAGAUCCUUGUCUCGAUCCCUCUCCCGGUCUCACUCCCGGUCCUCCUCGGCCUCCAUGUCCCCAUCGCCAUCUGGGUCCCGAAAAUCCAGGUCCCUGAGUGUAAGUAGCGUCUCAUCCGUCUCUAGUGCCUCCUCGAGCAGCAGCUCCAUGCACAGCGCCGACUCGGAAGACAUGUACGCCGACCUGGCCAGUCCCGUGUCCUCAGCCAGCUCUCGGUCGCCCACCCCAGCGCAGCAGCAGCAGAAGAAGGAGAGAGGAAAGCCCAAGAAGGAGGGCGCCAGCGGCAUCAAGGAGGAGAAGCGGCAACGGGAGGCCGCCGCGCAGCCCGCCAAGCCCGCCAAGCCCACCCAGGGGGGCAAGUCCCAGCCGCCGGCCCCAGCGCAGCAGGCCCCCCAGCCGCAGCCGGCCGGCUUCGGUGCCCACAAGGACAUCAAGCUGACGCUGCUGAACAAGGCAGCCGACAAAGGAGGCAGCAGGAAGCGGUACGAGCCCUCGGACAAAGACCGGCAGGGCUCUCCGCCAGCGAAGCGGAUCAACCUGUCUCCGGACAGAGGUCCUCGCGAGAGGAAACCGGGCACACGGCUCUCCUCGCCCAAGCAGGAGCGUCAGCGGGGGCCCAACCCGAAGCCCUCCCCGGCUCAAGCGGACAAGAAGCGCCCGUUGUCACCCCAGUCCAAGAGUUCCAGCAAAGUCACAAGCAUCCCAGGCAAAGGGGCUGAGCCGGCCCCCACGGCCACUCCCACAAAAUCGGGCAAGUCCAGCACGUUGUCGCGACGAGAGGAGCUGCUGAAGCAGCUGAAGGCCGUCGAAGACGCCAUCGCCCGCAAACGGGCCAAGAUCCCCGGGAAAGUAUAGCUUCCCGGGCCCAGCCUGGAUUAGAGACUGUUCCUGUGUUUUUAUAAAUAGUGUACAAGCAGCCAUCGGGAUUUUGCAGUUCUUGUUUUAUUUUGGCUGUGAUCCUUUUUAAAAAAAAAUUAAUUGGAAAGAGAAGAGAAAUUUUGUCAGCUAAAAACCUACCUACCCAGGUCUGGGACGGCUCCCUCUGGUUUCCUUUCCACUCCACGUGUUGCCGGCACCGUGGCAGAGGCCGUCGCCGCGACGUUUUUCCACGUCCAUUGCGCACAGCGGACUCCUCAGCGCAGCCCCUGUCCAGCGCCUCCUCCUCGCUCUGACCAGCUUUUCUCCCUAGUUAGCCCUGCUGUGUGUUGAGUGUCUUCAGCAGCGCAGUUCUGCAUACUGUGUACAGAGAGAGCCAAGACCCGCUGCCACUUGCCAGACAAGCCCCCUCUGUCGUCUCUCCUCUGCCCCCCUCCCCCUCCCCCCCCGCCAAGAACUAAACCAGUUGCGUAGCUAUCCUUGAUGGAAGUCUGAUCAGGAGGUCCUGUGUGUCUUUUUAUUUUAAGCAAACGAUUGCUUCAGUUGACUUAACAGAAAAAGGCAAAGGUUUUGUCAGGAUGUGUGUCCAAUAAGGAGGAUCGUUUUUUUUGAGGGGUUAUGCCGAAAAUAAAGUAUUUUGAUAAACA